GUUGCUGCAGCAGCACCCAGGGUACCUUUUGCCCAGCUCUGCUGUCUCUCCAGGCCUCUCCAGUCUCUCCUGGACCAGAGGACUGCUCACCAUGAAGCUGCUCGCCCACAUCCUGUGUCUCUCCCUGGCCCUAGCUCUGGCAUGGGCUCACGAGCAUGAACAUGCAUCAGCUGUCCUUGACCGUUGCGAAGGCCUGGAGAUGGAUGCUGUUGCAGUGAACGAUGAGGGAACCCCAUACUUUUUCAAGGGUGACCAUCUGUUCAAGGGCUUCCACGGCAAAGCAGAGCUGUCUAAUGAGUCCUUUGCUGAGUUGGACGACCAUCACCACCUGGGCCACGUAGAUGCUGCUUUCCGCAUGCACUAUGAGGACAACCCCACCGACCACGACCACAUGUUCUUCUUCUUGGACCACAAGGUGUUUAGUUAUUACCAACACAAGCUGGAGGAAGGCUACCCUAAGAACAUCUCUGAGGUCUUCCCUGGAAUCCCUGACCACCUGGACGCUGCCGUGGAGUGUCCCAAGCCAGAGUGUGAUGAAGACUCUGUGAUCUUCUUCAAGAAAGAUGACAUCUACCACUUCAACGUCAGAACCAAGGCUGUGGAUGAGAAAGAGUUCAAGUCCAUGCCAAACUGCACAUCUGCCUUCCGCUUCAUGGAUCACUAUUACUGCUUCCACGGACACUCGUUCUCCAAGUUUGACCCAAAGACCGGUGAGGUGCACGGCAAAUACCCCAAAGAGGCACGCGACUACUUCAUGAGAUGCUCAAAGUUCAGUGAAGAGAGUGACCAUGUGGAGAGAGAGCGUUGCAGCCGUGUUCACCUUGAUGCCAUCACAUCAGACGAUGCUGGAAACAUGUAUGCCUUCAGAGGCCAUCACUUCCUCCGUAAAGAUGAGGGAAAUGACACACUGACUGCUGACACCAUUGAGAAUGCCUUCAAGGAGCUGCACAGUGAGGUUGAUGCUGUUUUCUCGUACGAGGAUCACCUUUACAUGAUCAAGGAUGAUCACGUAUAUCUUUACAAAGUUGGUGAGCCCCACACUCACCUGGAAGGUUACCCUAAGCCUGUGAAGGAGGAGCUGGGCAUUGAGGGUCCCAUUGAUGCUGCAUUUGUCUGCGAGGAUCAUCACAUUGCUCACAUCAUCAAAGGUCAGCACAUCUAUGAUGUGGACUUGAAGGCCAGCCCUCGUGCAGCGGGCAAUGAGCGUCAAAUCCCCCUCUUCAAGAAGGUCGAUGCUGCCAUGUGCGGCCCUGGAGGAGUUAAAGUGAUCGUUGGCAACCACUUCUACCACUUUGACAGCACCCUAGUAUUUGUUGGUAGCAGGGCCCUGCCUGAGCAGCACAGGGUAUCCCUAGAGCUGUUCGGCUGCGAUCACUAAGAUGCUUGCCUGUCUGGACUGAAUGGAUUGUGUAGAAUGUCACAUACAACACAGUGAAACAUGGAAAAAUGACAGCACCGGCAACAUCAUACAGGAGGCCCCUGAUACAAAAUCGUCAAGCAGACCAUGAUGCAAUGUUUCCUAUUGGCUGUUUCCCUUCUGUGUCUUACCUCAGAAUGACCUUUUAUCUGUUUUAUUUCUUUCUGGAGGGGUUCUCGCUUUUCAUAAUUAAGAUCAGUGGUCCUCCAUGUAAAGUGUGCUGCUAAGAAUUUAAAAGGUACGACAUUUUGUACAGUGUUGUUGUGAAUAAAGAGGAGAGGUAAAAAAAAA